AUGAAGAUAUUAAAAAUAGACUUGCGUCCUGGAGUAGGGGAGUGCGGGGGCCACGGGGAGCACGUUGCCGGAGGGCUGGUACCCCCCUGGUCGGCCGCGAAGGUGAUCUUGACCGGGACGCCCUCGGGGGAGAGUCGUGAUCCGAUCCUGAAGGACGACCGCUCGCAGGACGCCUACGGGGGCUACUCCUUCUCCUACGGCACAGGCAACGGCAUCUACAGGGACGAGGUCGGCCGACAGAACUACGGCCAGGUCACACAGGGAGGCUGGAGCUACACCUCCCCCGAGGGCGUCCCGGUCAAGAUCACCUUCGUGGCCGACCAGGGGGGGUACCAGCCCUCCGGCAACGUGCUCCCCGUGGCCCCCGCCCUCCCCUACUCCAGGACGCAAGUCUACUGAAGAAGGGAGAGGGUAAUGAAGAGUAAAAGGAAGAAAAUAUAGAAUUAAGAGAGAAAGAAAAUAAUCGUUGAUAUUAUAAACGAGAAUAAAAGCCGAAGAGGAAGAAAUCAUGAAGAGAAAAUUGAGAAAGAAAAAAAUGUUUUUUUUUUUCUCUCUCUCUCUCAAUUUCUUGGCCAUUCACUUAAUUAUUAUUCUUUUACAUUUUCUUGGUUCUUUCGAAUCAAGUUACUUUUUAAUAUCUUCAUGAUUGCUUACUUUGAUAAGCUUUAUUUCUUCCUAGCAUUAUUAUUUUAUUAUUACUUAUUAAAAUUAUCAUUAUCAAUAUCAUCAUUAUUACUAAUAUUAUUGCUAUUAUCUUUAUAAUAAUCUUUAUCAUUACUGUUCUUAUUUUAUCAUUGUUGUUAUUAUUAAUAUCGUUAUUUUUAUCAUCAUUAUUAAUUCUUAUUAUUCAUUUAUCAACUGUUUAACAUUGUUUUACAUUUUCGCUGCAUUUUGUUCAUCCUUAAUAUGUUUUCCUUUAUCGUUGUUAUGGUCUUGGCACUGACGAAGGGAGGUGCCUGGCGUGCUGGCCGCGUUCGCUUGUUUUGUUGUACUUGUCAUGGAGUGAAUAAAGAUCCAGUGCAA